UAUUUAGUUGUGGUCCUGGGGUUUAACCCAGGACCCUGACGGUGCCAGGCCAGCGCCCUAGCGCUGAGCGGCCCUCAGCCCCACCGCUUUAUAAAGAAAAGGUGAAGGCGCUGUGGGCCCAUCUCCCCGCGGCUUCAGGGGAUGGAGCAAGAGGCUCCCAGCUCCAGCACUUUCUCCCGCCACCUCGGAGUGCGCCAUUAGAAUGGCUCUAGGUGUGACAUCACAGAGCGCCACCCCAUAGUAGGGGCAGAGGGGUCAUGAGGCUGGGUCAGGGAGUAGCUGUGUGGGUGUGGUUGGCCGGGCUGCAGGCCCCAGAAACAGCGCCCAGGCCAGUGCGCACCAAGGCUCUGGCCCCAGGAGCGGCGUCUCCAGGCUUCAUAGAGAGACCUGACUUCUUUGAUUACCCAGACUCGGACCAAGCCAGCCUCCUGGCCGUGGCCCAGUUUAUCGGAGAGAGACCGGUGCAGUUUACCCACUCAGGUUCCGGCCCCGGGCUGUUCCGUCGCAUCCUGGUGGGCAUCCUGGUGGUGGCCUUCCUCUACCUCCUCUUCCAGUUCUGCAUCCACAUGAGCUGCCAGAAAGGAGCCUAGAAAACUGCAAGGGCCAGGGACGAGGCCUGCAGGCCCAAGUCUGUCCUCUCCCACUGAGAAAUAAAGGUUCUCGACUUGGA